UGUGUUUCGUUCAGGUGGCAGCAUAGUACAUUUUUGCGCGUUUUUUGCCCUAUGUUUUUAAAUUAUUAUUUUUGAAAGAUAAAUUGAAUCUUAGUACUUAAAUAAAUUAAUUGACCAAGUAAUAUGGAGGAAUUUAAAACUGCUAUAAAUGAGAAAAUUACGUUAAUCGAAAAUUUUAUAGCGCUAAGUUUACGCCGAGAAAAAAUUCAAAAUGUGUCCAACAAAUUGGUGAAGGAAACAAAAGAACUAAAGAAACUAAUGAAGCAAGUUCAAAAUGCGCUUAAAAAAGAUAUUAAUAAAGUGGAUGAAGAACAUGGACGUUUAAUAAUACGAAUGCAAAGACAACAAGGUGCAAUUUUAGAAUAUGUCUUGGCGGAGCGUCGAAGAAAGUUUGAGGAAGCUGAAAAGCGAGAACAUGAAGUGCUUGUCGCUUUCAAAACCUCAAAUGCACCACGAACUGCAGAAAAAAAACCUAUCACAGCAUUGGAGAGGGGUCUCGAUCAUCUAAAUUUGAAUGCUAAUGCCGUAACACCUAAACUUACAUUAAGCAGUUAUAUGGAAUCACCAUUGGUGAAGCAAAGAACACUUAAUCCAAUACCCUUUACAUUUCUCGAUUUCGAAUACCGCAUAACACCGGAACAGUAUGAGUCAAUACCAAAAUAUAUGCGCGGUCGGGAGUCUGUUGACGAUCUUCGUAACUUUUUGGACGCUGUUAUUGUGCCAUGUUUUAAUAAAAAGUAUCAACUAAUACAUCGUCAACGAAGUGCAGUGCGCAAUCGACACGAUUUGGAAUUAUGGAAAGUGUAUAAUCAACAGUCAUCCUAUGUUCCAGGACGCAAUUUCAUUACGGCGGGCGAUAUUUCACAACAUCUUCAUAAGAUGCUGGAUAAAAAACAACAGAAUCGAAUAGUGUUGUUGCGACAUUUGGGUGUGCUGCAGGAACAGCGCGUGGGACAGACUGUAUGUUAUAUAUGGAAUGCUGACACUCAUUGAGUGUGUUUAUAUGCUUAAUUUAUUGUUAUCAUUUGUUUGCAUCGUAUUAAAUUGUGUGUGUUCGCAAUAUGA